AAAAAUUUUACUUGAGACAUGAAGUUGUGGUUUUUCCUCAUCUUGUCCAUAUACCAACAUUAUUCUAUAAACAAAAGCAAACUAUUGGAGAUAACUUAUACAGAAUGUGGAUUACUUUGAUAGUCGUUCAAAAAAAAAGGAUUAUACUUUGAUAAAAAAAAAGAAGCAAGUCAUAUAUAUAUAUUCUUUAUGGACGGGGUUGGACUUGCAUUAAUUACAAUUUACAAAUUGGUAAGCAUUAAGGCGUAGAAACUAACAAAUGUUAACUAUGUGAUAUCAAAUAUUUAAUAUUUUGCCAUAUUUGGAAACUUACGACAAAACAAAUAAUAUAGUGAAUCACCGCAACUCCAAGUUCCUGUCUGACACUUGUACUUGAUAAAUUCUAUUAUAUAUUUCAUUAACAUAAAAAUAAUAUAUUCAUUUGUAUUUUGCAGAAAGCCAUAUGGACUAUUUGUACUAUUAUGUAUUUUGUUCAAUCCAUUCUUUUACUUUUUUGGGCAAAUAUCUUUCGUACAAAUCCAUUUAUAUAUAUAGUUGUUUCAUAUGACCAUAAUAAUUAAGGCCCCUAAAGUUUUUUUUUUCACUUAUAAAGUAAUUAAAUUAAGAAAAGAAAAUUUUGUCAGAGAGGCAGAGUCCUGUGAUGCCCAUUCACUAUUUUCACAUGACAUCUGAUAGAAUAGAAUACUAAAAAUAAUUAUAAAUAUGUACGGACAUGUCAAAAAGAAAAUAUUAUUGAUGAUGGAAAUUUACCUAAAUCACAAUCGGUUAAUAUAAUUUUGUUGGGUCUAAAUCGGUUAAUAUAAUUUCAUUUUUUAUCCAAACAAUUCCAUUAACUUUCCACUAUCUCCGAUUAUAAACUAGAAAAGAAUUAAGCAGUGAUUAAGUAAUAUAUAUAUGUAUUUAUAUUAAUAUACAUAUAUUUAAGCUAUAUUUAUAUAUUCUCUUAACCUAGAAACAUUAUACAAACUUCUUUCUAUUUCGUUGGUUGCUUUUAUUUUUUCUCCCUAUUUAUUAAAAGUAAACGCUAAUACUAUUUUGGACUAGAACUUACUAUAUAUCAAAUCUAUCAAAAAUGUCUCAAUUUAAGAUGUAAGUUUGUGUGUAUAUAUGUGUGUGCACAUGCAUAUAUAUCUUUAGUUUAUUCCUCGAAUAGAUUGUUGACUCUUGGCUCAACCUUCCUUUCUUUCUCUUUCUCCUUAUUUGUUUCUCUUCUUCUUCGUUUCCCUUUUGUUUUUGUAAGAUCUACAAAAAAAACCCUAGAAAGAGAGGAACGUAGGGGAGAAUCAAUUAGACGAUAAAAUUGAUGGGAAGAGGGAAGAUUGUGAUCCAAAGGAUCGAUGAUUCUACCAGUAGACAAGUCACUUUCUCCAAACGAAGAAAGGGUCUUAUCAAGAAAGCCAAAGAGCUAGCCAUUCUCUGUGACGCCGAGGUCGGUCUCAUCAUCUUCUCCAGCACCGGAAAGCUCUAUGACUUUGCCAGCUCCAGCAUGAAGUCAGUUAUUGAUAGAUACAACAAGAGCAAGAUCGAACAACAACAACUACUGAACCCCGCAUCAGAAGUCAAGUUUUGGCAGAGAGAAGCUGCGGUUCUAAGGCAAGAAUUGCAUGCUUUGCAAGAGAAUCAUAGACAAAUUAUGGGGGAACAACUAAAUGGUUUGAGCGUCAACGAGCUAAACAAUCUUGAGAAUCAACUUGAGAUAAGUUUGCGUGGUAUUCGUAUGAAAAAGGAACAAAUGAUGAAUCAUGAGAUCCAAGAACUAAGCCAAAAGGUCACUAUGAGAUAUGCAAUUACACACAAUAUAUUUCUCACGCAUAUCAAUCUAAACUCUCCAAAAAUAAUAUGUUACAAUUUUCACUUUGUGAUUUUUCUGAUGGUGGUGCAGAGGAACCUCAUUCAUCAGGAGAACCUCGAGUUAUCUCGAAAAGUACAACGGAUUCAUCAAGAAAAUGUGGAGCUCUACAAGAAGGCUUAUACAUCAAGCACAAACGGGUUUAUACAACGUGAACUAGCUGUCGCGGAUGAUGAAUCUAACACUCAGAUCAGGCUGCAACUAAGCCAACCGGAUCAUUCCGAUUAUGAGACCCCACCAAGAGCAAGCCAAUAACACCAUGUGAUUGAUGUGUGGAGAUACCAUGGUGUUAAAAGAAUAAACCAAAGGUGUUUGAAUACAGAUCUUGAAUUGGAAACAAACAAGAAACUUCAAGAAGCCAAGCCAUAAUAAGCAGCAUGUCUCUUCUAAAUUUUCAUCAAAUCAUACUUUUCCUUUCUCUUGUCCGUUUCAAUUGUAUAACUGAAGCAUAUAUAAUACAGAAGAAAUACAAUUAAAAUUGUGUUUAUUAUACUCAUCCUGAGUAUAUACUGACA